ACAGUCAGGAGUCCAUAGAAGAGCCGUCUGCGGUGGUGAACAGGCACUGCGGCGGUCACCUCUGUCUGCUUCACCUCCGGGUCCUUGCUGUAGGGUAAAGAAAGAUGGCGGCGUCCAUGCUAUGCAGGACGGCGGCGCUGUGUCGGUGCCGGUCGUUACCGGGACUUUCUUCUUCAAACACGGUCCUCUCUGCGGGCUGGCAGGGCGGGCUUUUGUCGCAGACUGCGGCUUACAACCCCAGACCUUUAAAGCUGAACCUCCAUGAGCCGUACCUCCCAGACAAGGACAGCGAGAAGACGCCGCAGUGGCAGAAGACGGCCCGGUACGACAGGAAGCUGUUCGGUCGGUACGGUUCGGCGUCCGGUGUCGACCCCGCGUCACUGUGGCCCAGCCAUGAGGAGCUGGACAAAAUCAUCGCGGAGGAAACCGAGUGGAACCCUCCGUUAGAGGUGAUGCUGAAGAACAUAGAGGCGAAGGAGAAGCUGGAAAGCGAGAAGCGGCUGGCAAGAGAGAAGCUCAUAGCAGCUAACAUGGCCAAAAUGCCCAAGAUGGUGGCUGACUGGCGCAGAGAAAAGCGCGAGACCAAGCAAAAGCUAAAGGAGGAGAAAGCCCGCCGUGAAAAGUUGCUGGCCGAGGCCAGAGAACGUUUUGGCUUCGCGGUGGACCCCCGCAGCAACAAGUUCUUGGAAAUGGUCGCUGAAAUAGAAAAGGAAGAGAAGAAGAAGAAAAAACUAAUGAAACGAAGAUUGAGAGAGGAACAGACGGCGACCACCACAACUCCUGCUACAUCCUCGUAGUCCUGGACUGAGUCACUCCAGAGAAGUUUGAUCUUCAUGUUGUGACCUGACUACAUCUUUAAUGACCUGAAUAAAAAAAAAAAA